GUAGCUGAAGCCUUUCGAUCCUGUGCCCUUUGGCACCCACUCUCUGCUCAUUUUCGGCGACGACCCCAAGAGGCCAAAGCCGUUGCUGGGUCCAAAGCACAUCACUCUUCCAACGAUUCCUUCCUCCUUGCACACACGCAUAAAUUAAAUGUAAUUUUGAUUUAUCCUCUAUAUAUUACAUGUGUGUUGUUUUGUUUUGUACGUCAAUGGUUGUACUUUUUCUCAUUUUCUUGCGUAUGUGAGGAAGGACAGGGACCUAACCCAAAGCCAAGAAGGAAGAAUUCCAGUCUUGCAUAGCCUUUUCUCUUCCUGCUGCGGAAUUGGGAAACUAGAGGAUCGUUUGGGAAAUUCUUGGAAAAUUGAAGCUUCCGAGUUGGGUUUUGUUUUCUCGGGUGAAAUUUUUGAGAAUUUCAGGUUAGUGGAAGAGGUGGAUGGUGAUAAAGAGAAGAAGUCGGUGAGGGCGGGCUAAAUUUUAUGGAUAAUAUAGGCUGCUUCCAUUUUGUCUGCUCUCAGCUUCUAGGUGGUCGCCCAUCAUGCAGCUCUGGCAGGGGGAGAAGCCAGCAGGGACUACCCAAGUAUGGAUUCAACCUAGUAAAAGGGAAAGCAAAUCAUCCCAUGGAGGAUUAUCAUGUAGCAAAGUUUGUUCAGUUCCAUGGACAUGAACUUGGACUUUUUGCUAUUUAUGAUGGGCAUCUGGGAGAUAGUGUGCCUGCCUAUCUGCAAAAGCAUUUGUUUUCGAAUAUUUUAGAAGAGGAAGAGUUUUGGAGUGAGACCAGCAGGUCCAUUUCUAAAGCAUAUGAGAGAACAGACGAGCAAAUUCUUUCACACAAUCCUGACUUGGGGCGAGGUGGGUCCACUGCUGUUACUGCAAUUCUUAUAAAUGGUAGGAAGUUGUGGGUUGCCAAUGUUGGAGAUUCCCGAGCAGUUCUUUCAAAGAGUGGUCAGGCAAUCCAGAUGAGUACUGAUCAUGAGCCCAACACUGAGCGGGGUAGCAUUGAAGACAGAGGCGGCUUUGUCUCAAACAUGCCAGGAGAUGUUGCAAGAGUGAAUGGUCAGCUGGCAGUUUCUCGAGCCUUUGGAGACAAGAACCUCAAGUCACACUUGCGGUCUGAUCCCGACGUACGAAGUGCUGAUAUUGAUUGUGGUACUGAACUUCUCAUCCUUGCAAGCGAUGGUCUAUGGAAGGUGAUGAGCAAUCAGGAGGCAGUUGACAGAGCAAUAAGGACCAGGAACCCGCAGAAAGCAGCCGGGCAACUAAUAGCCGAAGCAUUGCAUAGAGAGAGUAAAGAUGACAUAUCCUGCAUUGUUGUUCGUUUCAAGGGGUAAAGUGAAUUUUACCCCUAGAGUGCAGGAUUUGUAUGUUUGCAAUUUCUUAAUAGCACAAGAUGCAAUUUUAUAGAUUUAACUUCAGUUUGGAAAUCUCAUGGAAACAAGUAGAAGUUUGUGGGGAAAAAAAAAAAACUUGCAUAGCUGGUUAUAUCUUCCCCUUCCCAAAAUGUAAAAUCAAAAGUUGCGUGUUGGUCGCACUGUUUGCUAUUUGCUUGAUUUCUUUGAUAUCUAGUACCGUUUUCUUUGUACUA